AUGCCGAACGAGAAGGACAAGCUGCUUAAAAUAUUUAACAAAUAUGCAACUGCCAAUGUAAAGUCUAUUGGAAUUGGAAUGGGAAGUACCAUGUUAAAAUUUUCUGAAAUUUUGCCCUCCAAGUAUUUAUAUUUUCCAGCAUCCAACCAAACGCUAAUGUUUUUGAAGAACAAAACAGUAUCAUCACUUCAAAAUGCAUCUACAAUGGAUCUUUAUUUUGAUGGUGCUGAUUAUUAUGACUGUUUUGGAAAUCUAAUCAAAGGUGGUGGCGGAGCAUUAACGGUUGAGAAACUAAUGAUAAACAUGUCGAAAAAGUCGGUUAUUGUGGUUCAAAAUAAUAAAUACGUAAAUAGUUUUGAGGAGCUAGCCAUUCCUGUUGAGAUUCUCAAGGAAAGCUACGGUUAUUUUCUAAGAGUCCUCAAAGACCACAGCGUUCAGGUAAAUUACGACUCGUGGAUAAUCUCAGUCCCUUUUUUGACAGAUAACGGUAACUACAUUGUUGAUGUGAAUUUUGAUUAUGAUUUUAUCCAAGACUGUAAAAGGUUUUCAGGUGUGAUAGAGCAUGGGUACGUGUCAAAUAACUUAAAAUUUGAAAUAGAGGAAAUAUAA